AUCAGCUUACAAAGAGCAGCCCAUCUCUUGUUUGUCCCGUUUCGCUACUCAUACGUCCAUUGUCAGUUAUGUUACAGAACUGUAAAUACAUAUAUUAAGGUCCGGCGUUUUAUUUUUAAGCUUGUUUUCAUCAGCGCGUCUUCCUCACGAGUUUUGGUACCACUUCUAACUUUGCGGUUGCUAUGGCUGCGAGUUCAUGCGAGGCUGGUAGGGAGGGAAGUGACGACUGGGGCUGUUGUUGGGACACGUGACUGGAGCUGCACUGAUCUGUUUUGACAAGCAGUGGGGAGGGAAGGCAGACUGUAAGCAUCACGACUGAGGAGGACUCACUGUUCCUUUCAUCUGCAUUUCGUCUGAAUAAUAUCAGCAUCGACCUUUUAGUUUUAGUAGUCAACUGGCCCUUAAAUUAGCACCUGCUGCUGAGUAAACGCUUGUGGAAAACGUUGUCCUCUGUUACGAAGCGUUGUUGGAGUAGAGUCUACUAACUAUUUGUUGUUGGUUUGAAAAGUUCGCAAAGGAAGUCCGCACAGGUGGCGUUUCUAACGUUAAAGAGAUGGCGACGGUUCAAAGGUUGCGGAUGGAUAGAAAGUGGACCAUAUCCGUCUGAUAACACUGGUUUACAUUUCGUGAGACGAAUGAUGCGCUGAAUAUGUUCUCGUCGUAGCAAAAAAAAAAAAAAAAAAAAAAAAAAUACCGAGACCGUCCUUCAUCGGAAUCGGUGUUUGCAGCUGAGCUGUGGCUACCUGCGCUACAUUGGGGGUUGGGAUGUUUUGGGAGGUCAUCGUCACCAGUAGACGCUUAACUAAACCGUGACGACUAAGUUAGUUAACGGUAGUUGUAUUUGCUGUCUAGCUAGCUAACACUGCAGAAUUAGCAACCCCUGCGGUUUUAGCAGAGUGUCGUUGUGAGGAGCCAAUGUUACAGGAGAGGGGACACAGAAAUGCAUCGCGACGUAACUAUGGUUCAGGUGGCGGAAUUUGAGACGAGUUGUAAAGAGUAGUUAAAUGCUAGUAGUCAGAUUGGUUACUCGCAAGUAAGCAGACUGACAACUCCAUUACCUAACGCUAACUGUAACGGGCUAUCAGCUGUCUUUGUGUUAGUCAGUUGGACAAUACAGUGCGACUCGAUGGAAGCCUACAGUAGCAUGCUAACAAAGCAAUGCUUUGUUGUUGGGUAGAGGACAGCUGGCACCAACACGCAGGCAUCAAAGCUGAUAUUAUUGCUUAGCUAAUACAGCAGGUCUCAGUCACAGAGGAUUUGGGGUUGGCUGUGAAAAGGCUGUGUGUGAUAGAAAAAAAAGAGACGACUGAGCAAGAGACCUGCAAGAGACCCUGAAGGCAACCUGAUGACACUGGACAACAUGAAGUCGGAGCGAGAUGCAACCGAGGAGUUUUUCGAGUACGAUGCGGAGGAGUUCCUGGUGUUCCUGACCCUGCUCAUCACAGAAGGAAGGACACCAGAAUAUUCUGUGAAGGGUAGAACCGAGGGGCUGCACUGUCCACCGGCCCAGUCGGCCAUGCCGCCUCUUCACAAGCACGAAUGCAGCGACAAACUGCCCCAGUGUCGGCAGGCAAGGCGAACCCAUUCGGAGGUGAUCCUGCUUUGGAGGAACAACAUCCCCAUCAUGAUCGAGGUCAUGCUCCUGCCAGACUGUUGCUAUGGUGAUGAGUGCCCCCCAAGUGACCCCAUCAGCGACCCGGUCAUCAAGCAAGAUGCUCUGCUGCUGGAGAGAUGGACCCUGCAGCCAGUUCCAAGACAAAGCGGUGAUCGUUUCAUUGAGGAGAAGACCCUGCUGUUGGCGGUUCGCUCCUACGUCUUCUUCUCCCAGCUCAGCGCCUGGCUCAGCGCCUCCCAUGGUAUCGUCCCGAGAAACAUCCUUUACAGGAUCAGUGCUGCUGAUGAGGAGUUGGUGUGGCAGUUUUCCCAGCCGCCUUCAGAACACAUUUUCCCAGUCCCCAAUGUAUCCCAGAGUGUUGCACUGCAGGUUCGUGUCCAGUCGCUCCCCCGCCAACCCACCUACCCCACCCUGGCCUGCAGCAUCCAUACAGGUCUGCCUCCGCUUUACAGCAAGACCCCCAGCCUCAACCCAAACCUCAACAGCCAUGGUGGCCUGGCCACCCACAAAAAGAGCCAGGACCCCAGCAAAGACAACCUCCUUCACAACUCUAACAUGUACAGCAAGAGCUCUAACUCCAUGUCUGGCCUUCUCCUCAAUGGAUUACCCAUUCCUAAUCUCCCCAUCAACAACAUCCCCAUUAAUAGCCUUCCCCACACUGCUGUCCCCCCUCCUUACAGCAAGAAGAGCCAGGAGCCUGGUGAGGACCACACGUAUCAGAAUGGAGAGCUUCCGCAGGUCAACAUCCCCCAACGUCAGGGCUCCCCACUGUUCCACAGGUCCUCUAACUCCCCCACACCCUCCCGCUCCCACUCCCCCUCUCCACUUACCACAAGUAAAGCUGGGAAGUGGCUGUACUCGGCUCUUAAUGGUUCAUCUGACCCAACACAAGUAGAGGACUAUGGGUCUGGCACUAACAGCAAUGAUAGGUCAAAGGGGCACAUCCCUGAGCCACUGAGAGCUUUUAAGAACUUCUCCUUGGCUGAGCCACCCCGUUGCCCCUCCCCAAGGGCUGCAACCGAGACAAACCCCCUGAUUGGCUCCCUGCUGCAGGAGAGACAGGAAGUUAUUGCCCGCAUCGCACAGAGGCUCAACUUCUGCGACCCCACAGCACCGCCACUCCCUCCCGGCCUUUUUGCUUCUGACAACCCUCCCAAAGCCAUGUGGGGCAGUAACCAUGACGACAUAACUGCCAGUAAGACCAAAGAGACAGAGGUACCGCCCUAUGAGUCUGUGGGACGUGUGUGGCCCAGCCCCUUCAACACACCUGUGACUGACCCUUCUUUUAACAAACGGGAGAGCUCCUCCCCUAAACCUGUAGCAUGCAGGAAGCUGAAAAUGACUGAGAUAAGAGACAGAGAGGAUGAGAGGAAUGGAGAGAGGGAGAGAGAGAAGGAGAAGGAGAAAGACAGGGAGAGAGACAGCUCCCUGAUCGCCCAGGCAGUACAAGACAUAACUAGACUCAUCCAGGAGAGACUGUCUGUCCCCUCUCUGUCCCCAAGGCACAGCAGGAGCGGCAGCCAUCUGCACCACACACACACAACAACAGUCACACACACGGUCCGCACAUACUCGCACACCACGCACGGCCCACAAGCCUCACACACUGCCACCAACGGCCACAUACCGAGCCAUGAACCUCACAAAGGCAGCAGUCGCACCGCUGCCGCACACCCGCCCGUUUGCACAGAAAAGCCCCGGGUCGAUCCGGGGGCUGAAUGCCAUUCUCCCCGUUCCCAAAAUGGUGCUCACUUUACACUUGAAGAACCCUCAUUCAGAGGCCAGUCCCACGCCCAGGCUGGUCGCUGUUUACGAACUCCCCCACAGGAGAAGCUCGGAGUCAGGUCACCCAGCAGCCAUGAAACCCCAUCGGCCUCCCCUGUCCUUGAGAACAGCCCAAGGAAUGCCCAGAUCUUUAGUUGGACUUGCAAUGAUGGCAGCCCAGCAAUGAACUGUAACAUAAGCCACAACCACAGCAAGCCUCAGCCUCAGCUUCAGUCCCAGAUGCAGUCCUGUGCACCAGCCCAGGCCUCUGCCCUGCAGGAUGAGAACCAGGCACCCUCGUUGUCUGGAUGCUCCUCCAGUCCAGACGUGACUCCAGACAUGACCCCCCCUUCUACUGUCCUGCGAGCUCACAGCCCCUCCCCGCUGCGCCCCUGCAACAGCUGGAAGAAACAGAAUCGCCACUCAUUAGACGCCACAGCGACCAAGGCCUUCCACCCGUGUACUGGCCUGCCUCUGCUCUCCAGCCCUGUUCCUCAGAGGAAAAAUCAAACAGGCUACUUUCACCUGGACACCUCUCUGGUUGGCUGUAAGGGUUUGCCUUGGGCCUCUGGGAAAAGGGUGUGUCUUAAGAGAGAGGGGUACAUAGAUGAGUCACAGCAGCUGUUCAUUGCCAGCGCUCCACCUGCCAGUCUCAGUCUGCUGGGAAACUUCGAGGAGUGUGUGCUGAACUACCGCCUGGAGCCUUUAGGGUUAGUGGAGGGUUUCACAGCAGAGGUUGGAGCCAGCGGGUCCUUCUGCCCCAGUCACCUGACCUUACCUGUCGAGGUGUCGUUCUACAGUGUAUCCGAUGACAAUGCUCCCUCACCAUACAUGGGCGUGAUCAACCUGGAGUCCCUGGGGAAAAGGGGCUACCGUGUACCUCCAUCAGGAACCAUUCAAGUGACCUUAUUUAAUCCCAACAAGACAGUGGUAAAGAUGUUUGUUGUGAUGUACGACCUACGAGCCAUGCCUGCUGGACACCAGACCUUCCUGCGCCAGAGGACCUUCUCUGUUCCCGUCCGCCGUGACACAAACAAUCAUACCAGCAGGAAGCCCCUCGGCCAGGGACGCACCUUGCGCUACCUCGUUCAUCUGAGGUUCCAGAGUUCGAAGUCUGGGAAGAUCUACCUCCAUAGAGACAUCCGUCUGCUGUUUUCCAGGAAGUCCAUGGAGGUGGACAGCGGAGCUGCCUACGAGCUCCAGUCCACCACAGAGUCCCCUAUUGACCCACCAUUCUCUCCCCGCUGCUGAGGCCGGACUCCCUCCCUCCCUCCUUCCCUCCUUCCCUCCCUCCCUCCCUCCUUCCCUCCCUCCCUCCUCCACCCGGCAGGCGACCACCGAAGCUUCAAUCACACCUUGAUGCCAGCGAUAGACUGUUACGCAGCCCAUGGCUAGAUAAAUGGCACCUAAAAGAGAAGCAAUUUAAGGACUGCAGUCAACAAGACUUACCUGGCAUGUGCCCAAAAUCUUAAGUUUCAUCCCUUCUGUCACCCCAGAACUGACAAGGUGGGGCUAAGACCCUGGGAGACUCGUCAGAGAUGAUGUUCUUUGUUAAGUGCACAACCUUGGAUUAAAGAGGUUGGGUCAAAGGUUAUGGUUGUAGAGUAUGUUUCAGAUUGUGUUCUCCUGGUUAAGAAGGCCUUACCAGAUAUAAUCGGUCAAUCUUUUUCCUGCUGUUGUGUGUAUCCCCUCCAGCGUCUGGCAGGAGAGUAGAGACCAGUGAUCGUCUACAGAAGCAGUUAGACACUUAAAAUUAUUUCAGCAAAGUUUAGGCUACUUUACUCUUUUUAUUAAAAUCAAAAAUGUUAAUUGGACCUGUACUCAAGAUAGUGAAUUUAUUUUCAACCUCAAUUAAUGUCAUCAUAAAUGCAAUACAAGGCCCAUUUAAUAGUAAAAUAUUUUGUUUUAAAUCCUAAAAGAUUAGAUUGAUUGAUUGAACUGAAAGUGAAUUUACCUUUGACCCUGUGAUUCCUGAGCUCGGAGCAGAGGGAGUGCAUAUGGAAGAAGAAGUGGGUGGUAGACUGCGGUGCAACGCCACCCCCUCGUCCAAAACAAACAUACCAUGGACCACUAAAGAAGUUGAAACAAGCAGUAAGGCUGGAUUCAACUGAAAUCAUCACAGCAGAACAUCAAAAGUGCACUGUGGAUUUUUUUUUUUUCUCAUUAUAACUGGAAAUGAAACAGAAAAUAGUAAUAUUCUAAUACUUUUGUACUGUUACAAGAACCACUUUAUUGGAAGUGUUGCAAUAGAAAGAGUAACCUUAGUUUAGUGUUUACACAUUCACUUUCAGUUUACUUACCAUCAGUUUAUUUAAUAUUUAAAUUAAUAUUUUCAGUUACUACCUGUGACGUCUGUCAUGCUAAGAUGAUGUAGUGCAAACUGUAUAUCAUAGUAUGUAUUUUUGACAUUAAUAUUCAAAUCUGAAAAAAAAUAUAUCUAUAUAUCUUCUAAAGCAA